UCCGGCCUGCCACUCGUUGUCCCGGUCCCCCGAGCGCAGGCAGUGGCGGGCAGCGAGCGGGGUGAUGCCACUGGCGGGGCGGCUCGCGGGCGGCGCGGCGCUGGGGCUGCUGCUGGCGGCCCAGGCUGUGGCGGCGCUCGAGCCCAUCAGCACGGCCAUCGCCAUCGGGGCCGCGUCGGCCCUCACCGGCUACCUGUCCAAGGACGUGUACUGUCGCUUCGCCGAGUGCUGCCCCAAGGAGCAGCCGCUCAACGCGUCGGCCCUCAAGCUGGAAUUGGAGGAGAAGCUGUUUGGGCAGCAUCUGGCCACAGAGGUGAUUCUCAAGGCGCUGACUGGCUUCAGGAACAACAAAAAUCCCAAGAAACCACUGACUCUUUCCUUACAUGGCUGGGCUGGCACAGGCAAGAAUUUUGUGAGCCAAAUUGUGGCCGAAAAUCUUCACUCCAGAGGCCUGAAGAGUAACUUUGUCCACCUGUUUGUUUCGACUCUGCACUUCCCUCACGAGCAGCAGAUAAAACUGUACCAGGACCAGUUACAGAAGUGGAUUCAGGGUAAUGUGAGCGCCUGUGCAAGCUCCAUAUUCAUAUUUGACGAGAUGGAUAAAUUGCACCCCGGGGUCAUCGAUGCAAUCAAGCCGUUUCUAGACUACUACGAGCAGAUUGAUGGUGUGUCUUACCGGAAGGCGAUCUUCAUCUUUCUCAGCAACGCAGGUGGGGACCUCAUAACCAAGGUGGCCCUCGACUUUUGGCUGGCAGGAAGGAAGAGGGAAGAGAUUCAGCUGAAGGACCUGGAACAGGUGCUGUCUGUCGGAGUCUUCAAUAAUAAACACAGUGGCCUGUGGCACAGCAGACUGAUAGACAAAAACCUCAUCGAUUACUUUAUCCCCUUCCUGCCCCUGGAGUACACACAUGUGAAGGACUGCGUGCGGGCAGAGAUGAAGGCCCGCGGUUCUACCAUAGAUGAAGACAUUGUCACCAGAGUGGCAGAUGAAAUGACGUUUUUCCCCAAAGAGGAGAAAAUCUACUCAGACAAGGGCUGCAAGACUGUGCAGUCGCGGCUGGAUUUUCACUGACCUCUUACCCAAGCCAGGAGCUUGCCUUUUGGAAGCAUUGAAGACGUCCGUGGAGUUUGCACAUUUGCACCUGUGGACUUUUGGCAUAUAGAAGUUUCUGAGUUGACUUUUGAAAAGCCACUAAUCUGUCAAGUGCACUUGUCAUUUUGCAACAUGAUAGCAAUGCAACUGUCAAUUGCAGUUGAAGAUGAACGUUUAAAAUCUGCGCGCCCCCCUGCCCUGCCCUGCCCGCCCACGCUUACUGACUUUGACAGAAGUGCCUUGAGAAUAGCUGUGUGAGUGAGACCUAAGACUGUUUUUUUCCCCCAAAGAUUUUACUGGGGAAUUGGGAGGAAGAAAGCAGUGUUGGGGAAUUGGGGAAGGGGG